CAGGAUGACAGCAUCGACAUUGCAAAGUUGCAACGCGUCGCGCUGGGACUAGAAGCUGCACAAUCCCAGUCGCUUCUACCUGGAUCCGAGCUUGUCUGGAAUACCAGCCAGGACUCAGGCAUUGAAGAGAACCACUCCCAGAAUUCUGAUGCUCCCCAGUCGACUAUUGGCCAGAAGGUCCCUCGGAAAUCCCCGUCGAUUCGUCCCGAGUCACCCUCUCGCUCGCUUUCUCGGAAACAGGCUGCCAAAAGCUUGACAACUGCAGUUCAACCGUCCCCCGAACAAGAAAGACAAGACAUUGCCGCUGUGUUUUACUACUCUAAGAAAAUGAGCUCCGCAGAGACGGCGCCUUCAGACACCCAAGUCAUCUCACAGUCGGUGUACGAUGACCUUAUAAGACAGAACCAAGAAGCCGCUGAUAAUGGCAUGGACAACAAUCUUGCAGAUAAUGCAACGCUGAGAACACUACAUGAAGGUGAUCUUGGUCAUGUAGAUCUGCUGGCUGAGUUUGAUGGGCCAAACACCGACGCAACCAACCUCGAUGAAAAUGAGGACCAGAGCAGCUUCAAGCUGGGAGAGUCAUCACCCCUGCAAUACCAGCCGAAUAUCUUCCCUGAGUCCCAGCGUUUUGUGUCGAAAACUCCGGCGACAGCAGUAAAGACGGGUCAAGUCGAUGGCUUCUCCUCGGUGACCCCCACGGCAUCAAGAAACCCUCUUGUGACGGACCUUGAAUCAAGCGGAGGUAUCAUGGCACUGAGCCAGGUAUUCAAGGCAACCCAAGCCCCUUCCUCUCCACUUGUCCAUGGCCAACAAUCAGAUCCGAUAUCUGAACGGCCUUCACCUAAUCUUCCUAUUCAGAAUCACCCGCUUGCCACAGCUCUGUCUUCCCCGUUAAAUAACAUCGCAGCAACUUUCCCCCAGGAUUCAUCAGAGCUGCAGAACGCUUAUAUCACUAUGAAGGAAUCACAAAUGCAAAGGGAUAGGAUACUACGGGAGAGAAUGACGCGUUCUGCAGAGCAUAUCUACUCAGAGGACCAAAGUGACGGCGAAUUCGACAAAGAGCCCAGCUUUGUGGAGCGCAUAAGGAGGCAGAAGAUCAUCGAUGAGGAGACUACGGCACAAUUGGCCAACCUUUCAGCUCCUUCAAGACCGGCAAGUCGCAUGAACCCAGAUAAAAUGAGCAAGUCACCCUGCGGUCAGCCAGAUCAGCGAAAUUGGUCCGAUGCAGUAAAACCUGCUACCUCAGGAACUGGGCAUCAAGGAACCACUUCCGCAGGCGCAACCAGCGAAGAAGAGACGGAACAGGAGGAUGAUUCGUGCCAGCAAAUAUCUCGGUUUCAAGAGCCCAUUUCCACAACUGAGGAGGAUAAGGAAAAUUGUAUUAAUCCCUCUGCAACUCCAAUAGCCGUCGCGGCUAGUGUACAUGAUCGUCUUUCUCAGGCGCUUGCCCUUGAAAACGGAACCCCGUCUUGUAGCCGCAGAGGAUCACUGCAAGAUACUGAACAGUUGCAUCUACGCAGCCAUGGUGCUGGUGACAAACAACCUGAUGAGACCGGCAGGUCAUCUCAAGUAUAUAUUGUGAAAGACUCUCAACGAUCCCCAGUUUGUCAGGAUGAUGAAAACCGCAUGGGGAAAAAUAGAGAAAUGUGGGACGAGAAUCAGGCCCAGGCUUCUAGUUCACUAUUCCACACAAAGCCUUCUCCAGCUAAGCUUAGGUCUCCUGCAAAACAGCUCCGAAUACGAUCCACCCCUCCUUCAGUAUCUCAAAGGAGCCGAGUUUCGUUCCAACUUGAUGAUGACCGUAUAGUUACUCGAUCCAGGUCAAAUUCGGCUAGUUCACAUGGCUCUCAUGAAUAUCCACCAAGAAACUCGACUGCUCUUGGGACUAAUGCAAUACAGUCUAGCAACUCCACUGUGCAGAAGUCCAUAGAUCUAGGCGACAAAGCCCCGGCAUUUGAUCUCAAGGAGAAAUUGUCCUCGAUGCCCUCUCGCGUGGCCGAAACACCAGUUCAGCGCCCGAGAAGCUUUGCUGAUGUGGUGACAACCACAACUAUUCCAGAAACGAGCCCCAAUCGUUUCUUCAACCAGGGCUGGGCAAGCGACACGAAUAAUGAAGUAAUGGACCAAGAAGAUGAUGACCUUCCUCCUCCUUACCCGUCCAUACAUGAGCGAGUAUACCAUUCCCAGCCCGCCAACUCGGACAGUUCGUCCCCUGUGAAGAACCUUUAUAACUCAAAAAUUCUAUCGAGCCCAAGUGGAAGGCAGCGUAGAGCACUGACAGAAAUUGCGGCUGACGCGUCUCCUCAACUCGGAGCCGGACCUUUCGACGUUGAUAUUAGCAUCCUAUCAGCCGACGACCGAGAGUUUAGGUCUGCUGUCGCAUUGUCGCCAGCUCCACCCAGAAAGAGACGACGUGUUAAUGAUGGGCAAAGUGUAUCUGCUUCUGACCCUGUGUUUCCUGUUCCUCCUCGUACCACCACUUACUUUGCUUUUCCCAAAGAAAACGAAACAAUGCACAUGCAGGACCCGCAGCCGGAAGAAUCAUUGACCAGGGCUGAUGCAACCUUGGACAAGCGAUCACGACCUUCCCGGCGAGUAGACACAGUCUGGGAUGUUGAUGAUUCUCCUCAGCAUUAUGUUUCACGGAAGGAACGAACACGGCUCUUCAAUCUGCCUCGUAUUCUCGAGAAGACAGCCGAGGACGUUGAUCGACUCGAAAAGGGUGCUGAUGCGCAGCCUGUCACUGCUCAUAAUAGUCUGGAAUCCACACCGCCCCUUGUGGAGCAACAUGUUGAAGACUCCCGAGCCGAGCCAUCAGUGGACGCUGUCGAAGCUAAAACGGUUAGAGUGGACCCUGGUAAUGUCGAGAUCGCAGUGAACCAAGUUCUUGCUGCCUGGAGUGGAACAAAACGCGCAUUCUACCCUGCAACCUGUUUCGGAACGCCAUUUGGAACUUCCCAAUCUCGCUACGUGGUCAAGUUCGAAGACAGUGCACCCGUUGAAGUUCCCAUUGGAGCCGUGAAGAGGCUCGAGCUACGGGUCGGAGAUGCCGUAAAGGUCGAUAUGCCCCAUGUGCCAAAGGUCACUCACAUUAUCCGAGGAUUUGAGGACAAACUCAGCAUGGAAGACCUUGAAAAAGAGGCCUCUAAUGGCAUUAUCCCCAUGACUGAUGUAUAUGGCCAUUUGACCGUAAUUUUAGGACAAAAGCAACGCAAGAACCUUACUCGUGAAGGGCUUACAGUUCCUGAGAAUAUUGUCAAAGUUCCAAUCUCCCGCAUAUAUUUGGAUACGAUUCGAUGGAACCAACUCAAAGAUCGUGUGUUUAGCUACAGUUCUAUACCUGAACAGCCCGGCAGUAGACUUCAAACCCCCUCUGACCGCCAUAUCACUCCAGCUUCGCCCAGCACUCGAUUAUCCCGCAGUAUCCGCUACGCAAACGGUAUAUUUGCUGGAAUGGUAUUUGCCGUUUCUUAUGGGGAGAACGAUGAAGCCAAACACCGCAUAACGCAGAUGAUCGUGGAAAAUGACGGGCGCAUUCUUCAUGACGGCUUCAAUGAGCUGUUCGAUUUACCGUCGAGCCGCCCAGUUGUUACACCAUCUAAAUCUCCAACUCCAACCACGAGCAAUAACCAGUUCCGCCUAACUAGCGGUGCUGAUGACGUGAGAUUUGCUUGUUUGAUAGCUAACAAGCAUUCCCGCCGGCCAAAGUACAUGCAGGCUUUAGCUCUUAAUCUUCCGUGCCUCUCAGAUCGCUGGGUAGAGGACUGCGUGGCUCAACGCCAGAUCAUCGAUUGGGAUAUGUAUUUGCUUCCUGCAGGGGAAUCGUCGUACCUCAACGGUGCAACGAAGUCAAGGAUACUCAAUCCAUAUCCUGCCAUGCAAGCACGCCUACAUGAGACUAUAGCUGCUCGACCUAAUCUAUUGCACGGACAAUCAGUGCUAGUCGUGAUGGGGCGCGGGAAAGCCGAUGAAGAGCGAAGGAGAGCGCCUCUGUUCUUAACAUAUGCUCUAGGUGCUUCCAGAGUUGAACAUGUACCUGAUAUCAAGUCAGCUCGUGCGGUCCUUGACCAGGGUGGAACUGGAGCUGCCUGUGAAUGGGACUGGAUCUACGUGGAUAAUGACGAAAAAGCAUCUGCGAUAGCCACGAUUCUUGGAGCCUCUGUUCCAGGUAACCAAAAAGCUUAUCUUUUCCAGAGGUCACGAAAGCGAAAAAGGACUGAGUCAACCGAAUCGAUAAACGGUAGUGAUCUUGGUCUUAGCACCAACGUUAGGAUUGUGGGCAAUGAGUUUGUCUGUCAAAGUUUAAUCCUAGGGAGAUUGAUUGAUUAACAACAAUUUUCAAUCAAUAUACCUUUGAGGUUCAAGUGAUUUGUGAUUUUUGCUUAUUGUUUGG